UUGGCCCAAUGCAUAUCAUACAGACGAUUGGUUGUUGCUGAAACAGGCGUGUCCUCGGAUGUGCGGGCGUGGCGUCAAUACUUCCGUCUUCUUCUAAGAACGCUGAAAAUGACUGCCACUUUGCGCCCGUACCUGAAUGCUGUGCGAGCCACCCUCCAGGCAGCGCUAUGUCUGGAAAACUUCUCCUCUCAGGUGGUCGAACGACACAACAAACCGGAAGUUGAGGUCAGAAGUAGCAAAGAGCUGCUACUGCAGCCAGUAGUCAUCAGCCGCAAUGAGAAGGAGAAGGUCCUCAUUGAAGGCUCCAUCAACUCUGUGCGAGUCAGCAUUGCCGUGAAGCAGGCGGAUGAAAUUGAGAAGAUCCUGUGUCAUAAAUUUAUGCGGUUCAUGAUGAUGAGGGCGGAGAACUUCUUCAUCUUGAGGAGGAAACCUGUCGAGGGCUACGACAUCAGUUUCCUCAUCACCAACUUCCACACAGAGCAGAUGUACAAACACAAGCUGGUGGACUUCGUCAUCCACUUCAUGGAGGAGAUUGACAAGGAGAUCAGCGAGAUGAAGCUGUCCGUCAACGCCAGGGCCCGUAUUGUUGCUGAGGAGUUCCUUAAAAAUUUCUGAAGAGGCCAGGCUCACACCAUAUCACGACAUGGUCAUCGCAGUGGUUUCUUAAGGCAAACGAGGCAGUACACAUUUUAUUCAUGGGUCACCAGGAAGAGGAAGAAAGAGGAACCAAUCGGCAAGCAGAACCACUUGAUACACAAACGACCAAACAAGGCCUAGCACAGUGCCUCUGCUGCCUUCAGUAUGACGUGGUCCCUGUGCUCGCGGGCAGUGGUAGCUGUACAUAAUCUACAAUCAUGUCUGUCUCACAGAACAAAACUUUAAAACCCAAGGCAGGUCCUUAAGUCACCACAGUUAAUGUUAAUAGGCACAGGGAUUCACUUGGAGAAAAAAACAAUGAAAUUGUAUUAUGGCUUACUUUUUUAUAUGUCAGUGUUUUUUUUUUGUUUUCAUUUUUUUUGUUUUGUUUCAAGAACCUCAUACGAUAGCAGAUUCAAACAGAUAGUGGAAAUAAUUGUUUAUAUUUUGACAAAAAAUAAUGUAAUGGAGAUCCUAUGAAAGUCAUGAGUGAAGUGUAAUAUUUGAACAAUGGCAUCAAUUAAACCCACCAUUCCUCUUUG